AUGAUCACGGCCUCACACAACAACGUAACAGAUAACGGGAUCAAAGUGGCGGACCCGUCAGGCGGGAUGCUGACUCAGCAGUGGGAGCCAUUUGCUGAUGACGUUGCUAAUGCCGCUGACCCUCUCGCUCUCAUUGAGUUGUUGGAUGAUUUUGUGAAGAAGGAAAACAUUAAACUUGAAGGAGCCUGUGCAACCGAAGUUUUUUUGGGAAGGGACACUAGGCCAAGUGGGAUGUCUCUUGUUGAGGCUGGUGCAGAUGCUGAUUAUGUGCAGAAAGAGAAGAUUGUUCCACGUGGUUUUGGUCCGGCUGAUGCCGGCACGAGGGCCUCUCUUGCUGUAGUACAGACAGCUUAUGCUAACAGGGCCUCCACUGAUUACUUGAAACAGUUGGGGCUCGAGGUUGUGUUGACUCCAACGGGAGUCAAGUACCUUCAUGAAAAAGCAGCUGAGUUUGAUAUCGGCAUAUAUUUUGAGACAAAUGGACACGGGACCAUCUUCUUUUCAGAUAAUUUUUUGUCCUGGUUGGAGACUAAAAACAACGAACUUUCAUCAUCAUCAGAAGGUUCGGAUCAACAUAAGGCGGCUUUGAGAUUAUCGGCUGUGAGUAAGUUGAUUAAUCAGGCUGUUGGGGACGCAUUAAGUGGGUUGCUAUUAGUGGAAGCCAUCUUGCAACAUAUGGGCUGGUCUAUUCAUAAAUGGAAUGGGCUCUAUCAAGAUUUACCGAGCAGGCAACUUAAGGUGAAAGUCGUUGAUAGAACAGCUGCAAUUACUGCCAAAGCAGAAACUGUAGUUGUGAGCCCUGUUGGUAUACAAGAAGCCAUUGAUGCUGAAACAGCUAAAUAUCCUCGAGGAAGGUGUUUUAUACGACCCUCAGGAACAGAAGAUGUGGUUAGAGUGUAUGCUGAAGCAUCCACACAAGAAGCAGCAGAUAGUUUAGCUCAUUCUGCAGUAAGGCUUGUCAACCAUUAUCUCGGCUUUCAACAGUAG